AAAAGGCGAGGUGGUGGAGGGUUGGCCAGCCUGCGUGAUGUAAACAGUGCAUGGCGGCCCUUCCUUCGAGCACGUGAGAUGGGCAUUGCAAUAGUCUAAAACCCUAUAAAAGAAGAAAGAAGAAAGAAGAAGAGAUGGGCAUCGUGGAGAGGAAGCAGAGAGUCUUUUAUAAGAAGACCAAGAGAGGGAAUAUUAUCAAGGUUGUAAGAGAACACUACCUGAGAGAUGACGUUUGGUGUGGCCUUGAUGGGUGUGGCACGUGUGAAGGCGAGUGCCGGCCUUUGGAUUCUUUAAGUACCAGUGAUAGCUCUUUGGUGCAAAAUCCACAUCACAUUAUCAUAGAUACCAAUGUUGCACUCCAUCAGAUUGACGUUUUGUGCCAUGAUGACAUAAAAAAUGUGAUCAUCCCGCAAACAGUGCUGCAGGAGGUGCGACACAGAUCCUUGCCAGUGUACAAGAAACUGCGGGAUCUGAUUGAGGAAUCCAGAAGAAAGAAGGAGCUCUUCCAAAUGGUAAAUUUUAUUUAAUUUUUCAGUGACUGUUACAUCGAGCGCGGCGAAAAGGAGUCGGCCAAUGAUAGAAAUGACCGUGCAAUCCGAAUCGCGGCCUGGUGGUACAAGCAGCACUUUCGCUCGACCAACCAGAACAUUAUUCUCAUCACCAACGACAUGACGAACCGUGACAAAACAAGGGAGUUGGACGUGGAGUCUUAUACGAUGUUUGAGUAUGUCUCCAGUCUCCAGAGUUCACCUGGCUUGUUAGACUUGGUGGCCAACAUCGAGGAGGAGAAUGAGGAGGAAGAGGGAAUGAAGAAGUACCUCUACAGUCCACACAUGAGCAUGGAGCAGAUGCGGCUUGAGAUUAAGAGUGGCCGUCUGCGUCAAGGUGUGCUGAAGACAUCGAGGCACAACUACCUGGAAGCCAAUGUGAUGGUGGAAGGCUUAGAGAAGUCUGUGCUGAUUCAAGGACGGCAUAACAUAAAUCGAGCUCUACAUGAUGACACUGUUGCCAUCAAGUUGUUUCCCAAAGAGCAGUGGUCUGCUCCAUCAAAUGUUGUCAUUGACCAAGAGAAGCAGGAGGAGGAGAAGAACCUUAACAAUGACGACGAGAAAGCAGAAGAAGCCAGUCUUAAGCAGGAGCAGGCUCUCUUGGCAUCAGGCAAGGGGGACGGUGAACGGCAGCCAACUGGAUGUGUGGUGGGAGUCAUCAGGCGCAAAUGGCGGCAAUAUUGUGGCAUUUUGAAGAAAAGUGACUUUGCAGAAUCCACACGCCACUUGUUCAUCCCAGCAGACAAGAAGAUCCCCUUCAUCCGCAUUGAAACGAGGCAGGCAGAAAUGCUACAGAACAAAAGGAUUAUUGUAGCCAUAGAUUCUUGGCCAAGAGAUUCCCGUAACCCUAAGGGUCACUUUGUUCGUGUGAUAGGAACUAUUGGGGAAGCAGAUUCAGAGAACGAGGUCAUCCUACUGGAGCACGACUGUCCACACACCAAAUUCUCAGAGGCAGUCCUCAACUGUCUCCCAAAACUGCCAUGGAUAAUUACAGCCAAAGAUGAACUUGAGCGAGAGGACUUACGACACCUUGACAUCUGUUCUGUUGAUCCUGUAGGUUGCACUGAUAUUGAUGAUGCUUUGCACUGCCGUGAACUCCCCAAUGGAAACUUUGAGGUCGGUGUUCAUAUUGCUGAUGUAUCUCAUUUCAUCCGACCACACACCGCCUUGGAUAAGGAGGCUCAGAACCGCAGCACAACUGUAUACUUGACUAACCGGCGUAUUGACAUGGUUCCUGAUCUUUUGAGCAGCAACCUGUGCUCACUUCGAGGCAAUGUUGACAGGUUCGCCUUCUCUGUCCUGUGGGAGAUAACACCCAAAGCAGAGGUUUUAUCAUCAAGAUUCCGGAAAACCAUCAUCCAGUCAAGAGCUGAGAUGAGUUACCAACAGGCCCAGCAGCGGAUUGAUGACCCCAGCAUGACAGACAGCUUAACAGAGUCCCUUAGAAAUUUGAAUAUGCUUGCCAAACAGCUCAAGAGCAAGAGAAUCAGUGAUGGUGCUCUGGUGUUGGCCAGUAUGGAAGUGAAGUUCCACAUUGAUCCAGACACAGACACCGUGGUUGAUAUUGUGGCCAAGCAACACCUGGAAACCAUGAGCAUGGUGGAGGAGUUCAUGUUGUUAGCUAAUGUGACAUCUGCAGAAACCACACUUAAGCACUUCCCAGACUGUGCUCUGUUACGUCGCCACCCUGCACCACCACAUUCAAAUUUUGAACCCCUUCUGUUAGCAGCAAAGAGUCAGGACAUCGAAUUGGAUGUCUCGUCCAACAAGACCCUCGCCAACAGCCUCGACCACGCCACCCGUGACAGCAACCCGUUCUUCAACAGCAUGCUAAGAAUUAUGACAACACGCUGCAUGAUGCAAGCUGUGUACUUCUGUUCUGGCACACUAGAACCAGGAGAGUUUUACCAUUAUGGUUUGGCCACACCUACGUACACCCACUUCACCUCACCCAUCAGAAGAUACGCUGAUAUUAUAGUGCACAGGCUUCUGGCAGUAAUUAUUGAGGCAGACAAGACUUAUCCAGAGUUGCUAGAUUCCAAGAAGCUGGCAGAACUGAGUCAGCACAUCAACUACAGACACAAAAUGGCUCAAUAUGCUGGUAGAGAGUCAUCAGUCAUCACAGCAAUAGCAUCACUCAAGGGCAAGGUGUCAGAAUUUGAAUCCUACGUCUUGUUCCUGCACAAGAAUGCCAUCCAAGUUCUUGUGCCGUCAAUUGGCCAGCAGCUGACACUAUACCUUGACAGUAAGAAGAAGCCGGAGAAGGAUAACAAGAAGGAUGACAAAAAGAAGGGAGGCAAAAGACCCGAAACUAUGGAGGUUGAUGACGAUGAUCCUGCCCCUGAGUUUGAAUUCAAUGAGCAGGAACUCUACAUCAAGUGUGGGCCAGUUAUCAUUCGUCCCUUUGACCAGCUGUUUAUACAAGUUACUGUUGAUUCCUCUGACGUCCAGCAUCAGCGUGUGGUGUGCAAGCUAAUACAUCCUGUGAUUCCAGGAUUCUCUGUCUCGUCCACAAAGGAUGAUAAUGCCCCUAAAGUCAAUCUGAUUAAGAAGAGGAAAACAUAGACUUUGUUGAAAUAUUGUAGAUCCAGGAAGCUUACAUUUUUUUUUUUUUUUUUUUUUUUAUUAUGUAAUCAUUUGUUUAUCGUAUUAUUUGUUUUCUCUUUCUUUAUCUCUUAUCUUAUGAGAAGUACAAACAUUAUCUGAUAUGUUUUGUAAUAGACAUAUAUUAGAUAGUUUUUUUUUCUUUUUAUAAUGCUUUUCCAUUAGAUACACCUUUUAUAAUUAUUAUUAUUAUUAUUAUUUAUUAUUAUUAUUAUUAUUAUUAUUAUUAUUAUUAUCAUUAUCUUUUUCCCUCCAUAUGUACAAUGCUGUUAAAAUGGAAGCAUAUAUUUUGUAAGUAAUUCCAGUAGAUCCAUUUUCUAAUAUAAAUUUUUUUACCGA